AUGCCUCAAUGUCUACAAAUUGCCUCGGCACUGAUGCAUUCCAUAAAUUUCCCUACUCUCACACCUAAGGAAUGUCUACAAAUUGCCUCGGCACUGAUGCAUUCCAUAAAUUUCCCUACUCUCACACCUAAGGAGACAAUAUUAACUAAGGUGUUAUUUACUGAGUGUAACCAAUGUGUUGUUCCCCAGGACACGGCUGGGCAGGAACGAUACCGAACCAUCACCACAGCAUAUUACAGGGGCGCUAUGGGCUUCAUUCUCAUGUACGACAUCACUAACGAAGAGUCUUUCAACAGUGUUCAAGACUGGUGCACGCAGAUCAAGACGUACUCGUGGGACAACGCCCAAGUCAUUCUAGUGGGCAACAAGUGUGACAUGGAGGACGAGAGAGUGAUCUCUUACGAGCGAGGCAAGCAACUGGCAGACCAGCUGGGACUCGAGUUUUACGAAACUUCAGCCAAGGAGAACAUCAACGUGAAGGCUGUGUUCGAGCGGUUGGUGGACAUCAUCUGCGACAAGAUGUCUGAGAGUCUGGACACAGAUCCCAACCUUGUGAACGCCAGCAAGAGCACGCGACUCACAGAUAACCCUCAGCCACAGAAUGGCUCGUGUCAGUGCUAACAUUCUGGGGCACGAUAAUCUCCUUCACCUUCUCCACCUCCCAUCCUUCUGUUCGCCCCUAACAUAAGCUUACCAGCGUAUAGCCACGCCCACACAUACACCCGGACUACGCCAACAACCCGAAUAAUUCUGAGCUGUUUCAAAGAAGUGGUCAUCCAACAUGACUGAGGACCUGGGCGUGUGGUCAGUGCUGCUGCCUCUUCUGCUUCUUUCAAGCAGAGCAAAUUGGCAGCAGCAACUCUCAGUACAGAAACAUUGUAAUUGAUAGCAAUUUUUUCCUGUAAAAUGUAACGAGACUAUAUUUCCAGG